GUUAGCACGUGGUGGCGCAUGGGCUCCAGCCUUGUUCUAGGCCGCUUUUGAGGUGUGUUAGAAUCUUCGAAGUCCAUCGUGAUGGCUUCUCGGUACGACAGGGCAAUCACCGUCUUCUCUCCGGACGGACACCUUUUCCAAGUGGAGUAUGCUCAGGAAGCUGUGAAGAAAGGCUCCACCGCGGUUGGAAUUCGAGGAACUAAUAUAGUUGUACUUGGGGUAGAAAAAAAAUCAGUUGCCAAACUUCAAGAUGAAAGAACAGUGAGAAAAAUAUGUGCCCUCGAUGACCAUGUCUGCAUGGCUUUUGCAGGUCUGACAGCUGAUGCUCGGGUGGUUAUAAACAGAGCGCGGGUGGAGUGCCAGAGCCAUAAGCUUACUGUGGAGGACCCAGUCACCGUGGAGUACAUAACGCGCUUCAUAGCGACUUUGAAGCAGAAAUAUACACAGAGCAACGGACGAAGACCUUUUGGUAUUUCAGCCUUAAUUGUAGGAUUUGAUGAUGAUGGAAUCCCAAGAUUGUAUCAGACAGAUCCCUCCGGAACUUACCAUGCUUGGAAGGCAAAUGCAAUAGGCCGGAGUGCUAAAACUGUUCGGGAAUUUCUAGAAAAGAAUUACACAGAAGAUGCUAUUUCUAAUGACAGUGAAGCUAUCAAACUAGCAAUAAAAGCUUUGCUAGAAGUUGUCCAGUCUGGUGGAAAGAACAUUGAACUGGCUAUAAUCAGAAGAGAUCAACCUUUGAAGAUGUUUAGUGCCAAAGAAAUUGAAUUGCAGGUAACUGAAAUAGAAAAAGAAAAGGAAGAAGCAGAGAAGAAAAAAUCAAAGAAGUCAACCUAGUUCUUGGGAUGAGCUCUGCAUUUGUUUGGAUUAGAAUUUCUUCCUGAGGUUUUAGGAGAAAUGUCAGUUGGAACCAACCAUUGAGUUUUCAUAUGUCUGUCUUCAGGAGUGUCAGGUUUGAAGUUGUCUUCAAACAUAGGUUAAUGUGAAGAUUUUCUUAAAAACUCCUCAAUUUCACACAAGCCUGAGGCUGUACUGUGACACUACAUGUUACUUUUCUUCAUACAAGCAAAUUUUAGAAAAGAAGAUGAUUUUAAAAGUUGGUAGUUUUUUGAAGUUUGUGUCUUCUUCUUUGUUAGUUAAGGAACCAAUCAUUUCAAAAUAAACUGAGUGCAACAAUGA